CCGUUAAACGAAAUAAAAGAAGCCGUCGUGGAUACCCACGGUGAUACACAUAAAGAGUCAGCGCCACUGCCAACGUGUUCAAAUCAAACGCCGCCCUAUCAGAGGCUUACUAAAGCUCUGCAAUGCGAUCCAAGAUGUGGACACGAGGUUACCAUUGGCCGACGCAUAGGACUCUACAAAUUUUGUGGCGACAUAGGACGCGGCAAUUUUUCAAAAGUGAAAUUGGCCGUGCACCAGCUAACGCGAGACAAAGUAGCCAUCAAAGUAGUUGACCGCGCUGGUUUGGAUGCCAAAGCAUUGCGUAUGCUUUCAAGUGAAAUAGCUACACUCGAAUGUGUUCAUCAUCCUAACAUUUUAAGGCUUUUUGAAGUUAUCGAAACAUUGGGUCGCGUAUACUUGGUUACCGAAUGGAUACGUGGCGGUGAAUUGUACAAUCAUAUUACCCAAGGUGGGCCCUUACGAGAAAUACAUGCAUCGCCCUUAUUUAAACAAUUGUUGUUGGCUGUGAAGCAUAUGCACAGUUUAGGCUUUGUUCACCGUGACAUAAAAGCGGAAAAUGUAUUAUUAUUGUCAGAAGACCGCUUGAAAUUGGCUGAUUUCGGUUUCAGCACACAAUUAAUAAACGGUGCAAAUCAGAAAUUAGACACAUUUUGCGGUUCACCGCCUUAUGCAGCGCCAGAGUUAUUCUCCGAUGAUCAUUAUAUAGGAGCACCGGUGGACGUAUGGGCCUUAGGCAUUUUACUCUAUUUCAUGGUGGUCGGUAAUAUGCCCUUUAGAGCACCCACCAUACCAGGAUUGAAGGCUGCCAUUUUAAAAGGAGAUUACCUUUUGCCCGGCCAAUUAAGUCUGCCAUGCAUAAGACUAAUACAACGCAUUUUAAUUCAUAUACCAGUCCGCAGACCCACCAUUGAUGACAUGCUUAAUAGUCAAUUUAUUACGCAACCUAAACUGAGUGCGGAAUUGAUGCAACACGAAAUUAAUUUACGCACAAAACCUGUUAAACGAUCCGCUUUUUGGGUUCGUUCCAAGUCGCGUCGGCUUCGUAAACAAUAUUCGUUGCGUGAUCGUUACAUGGAGGUCAUAAAUAAACCGCCAAUUAACAUGAAUACAAAACGUAACGAUGGCUUUUUUGUUGAUAAUUUCUUGCAACCUAUUGAAUUGUCCAAAGAAAUGCCUACCGAUCCUAACAAAGACACAUCACGUAACGAAACGCCAAAGCGUAACUUUCUAUGCGGUACUUUAAAGAAGAAAGUAGGGCCAAUGGAAACGGAAAAGGAAAAACAAAUAUGCAAUGGCUCGUUAAAUGGCAAGAAUCAGUGGAAUGCAGUUAUAGCAGCGGAUUGUCCACUUUUCAAAAAUUACGAUACGGAAACAGGAAAUUUUAUAAUGUUACCAACCGAUGGCAAUGACGAUCAAAGUAUACUUUCACCUUUGGAAAAGGAAGCACGUCAAAUACUCCAAGAGUUGGGUAUAACGAGUGAUAUGCUAAAGUCAGCUUCCACAAACGCUCCACGCAGUGAUAUAAUUGGAGCGUAUCGUAUUGUUAUCAAUCGUCUACAAAAGCAAUCUUGGCUGGCUCGUAAACAUGUUGAGAUGGCUUUACAAGAGAUGCCAAAGGCCGAUAGAAAAAUUGAACGAACCUGCUGCAUUCUAUAGGUAGCACUGCAAUUUCUCUCUCGACAAAUUUUUUUCU